UUAUGCUGUAUAGAAAUUUUUAAGCACCUUCUCUUCCAUCUCUUUCUUCUUUAUUGUUUCCUCAGCAUCUCCUUCUCUGAUAAUGGCCUCCAAACUCUUUCUUCUUCUACUCUUCCUCUUCCUCUCACCCCUUCUUCAGCCUCAACCAUUUGUGAAAGCAGACGCCAAACUGAUUCACAAAACCUGCAGAAAGACAAAGUACUACAACCUCUGUUACUCUUCUUUGAAAUCUGACCCCACAAGUCCCAACGCAGACCCAAAGGGUCUGGCAGUGAUCAUGGUUCAGAUUGGAACGGCAAACGCAACAGCCACUUCCUCCUACUUGUCGUCUAAGUUGGUUGGGCCUUCAAACGACACGGUCCUGAACAAGGUCCUCAAGGAGUGCUCAGAGAAGUACAGUUAUGCUGGUGAAGCUCUUCAAGCUUCUGUGCAGGAUCUGGCCAAUGAAGAAUAUGACUAUGCUUAUAUGCGUGUCACUGCAGCUGCAGACUACCCUAAUGCUUGUCACAAUGCCUUUAAACGCUACCCCAGUUUGGUCUAUCCUCCAGAAAUCGCUCGUAGAGAAAAUGGGUUGAAGCAUAUCUGUGAUGUGGCUAUGGGGAUUAUUGAUAAGCUGGUUUGGUAUUAGCUCAAUCAAAAAUACGCCUUCUCUCAUUGUAAUGCAGAAACAUUAUAUAUCUUGUGUUCAUCUUUCUGAAUCUUAUUAUCUUAUGAUAUAAGGUGUAUAUUUGUGUUUUCUCUAGCUCAAUGCUCAUUCAUGCCAUUUCUUGCA